CCGCCAGCGCCAUCCGGUUAGCUUCUCUCAUAAACACCGUUUGGACGCAGAUCAACGUCGCUAAACUAAACUCAACUGUAUAACAAACGACAUUUAAACGUCUUGGACACCGUCUGUCUGCAGUCUGGGACGGACACCUGGUUCCAGACGCCUCGCUGUCUGCUGGGUGAACAAACUGCUCUGUAGGUCGGCCUAAACGUCCAGAGGCACGGUGGGAUCAGUGCUGACCAGUGUGGUCCGCCUAUGGAGCGGGGCGACUGGGACAGAGCCGGCCGCCUGCUGAAGAACCAGCCGUACGACGAGAGUCUGGAGGUGGCCGACGGAGAGGAGGUGGCCAGCGUCUACAGCCUGACACCCCGCGGCCAGCGCCAGUCAGAGUCCAGGAGGAGCCGCAGAGUCCGAGGCCUGAUGUCGGCCAACAGCAGCAGCGACGAGGACCACAAGCCUCCGAGAGCCAAGGAGCCGGCGGGGACCAGUCCCAACGAGGAGGAGGAGGAGGAGGAGGAAGAGGAGGAGGAGGACACCGAUGAGGAUGAUACCGACGAAGACGACGAGCCGGCAGAAGCCCCGGAGGGAGCGUACGACCCGGCAGACUACGCCAACCUGCCCGUCAGCACCGAAAUCAAAGAGCUGUUCCAGUACAUCACACGGUACACUCCCCAGUCCAUGGAGCUGGAACACAGUCUGAAGCCCUUCAUCCCCGACUUCAUCCCCGCCGUGGGAGACAUCGACGCCUUCCUCAAGGUGCCGAGGCCGGACGGUAAAGCCGACAAUCUGGGCCUGCUGGUUCUGGAUGAGCCCAGUGUGAAGCAGUCGGACCCCACAGUGCUGUCACUGUGGCUGUCAGAGGAGACCAAGCAGCACGGAGCCACAGAGCUGAAGAAGGUGACCAGCGUGGCCAGUCCUCAGGCCAACCCCCGGGCCGUGGACAGCUGGGUGGACAGCAUCAGCGCCCUGCACCGCUCCAAGCCUCCGGCCAGCGUGCAGUACGGCCGGCCGAUGCCCGACAUCGACAGCCUGAUGCAGGAGUGGCCGGCCGAGCUGGAGGAGCUGCUGGGCCGCCUGCAGCUGCCGCCGGCCCGCCUGCAGUGCAGCCUGCCGCAGUACGCCGACCUGGUCUGCUCCCUGCUGGACAUCCCGGUCCACGGCAGCAGGAUCCAGGCGCUGCACCUGCUCUUCAGCCUCUACCUGGAGUUCAGAGACUCGCAGCACUUCACCCGCAGAGCCUAGAGAGCAGCUCAGCCGGGCCGAGGACGAGUUCAGGGUCCGCUCUGUCGUCGGUUCUCUGGCUGUAUGCCGUCACACGCAAACCAACAGUGUGACAGAUACCAGUAAAUACCAGUAAAUACCAGUAAAUACCAGUUAAUGUCUCCAUUCAUGUGCACUGGAAGGUGAAGUUCAGGCUUCAGAGACGACAGCAGUGUGAAGACCAGAGCUGAGCAGUGCUGCUGUUUGUUGGACGUAUUUACAAUCACUUCGAUAAGGAUGUUUGAGUGAUGUUGGACAGCUGUCUUCGUUUUAGACCAUGUUCAGUCAGCUCUACCAAUAUGAGUCAUUUAGACAUUUUGGAUCCUUUUUUUUCAGUAAAUCUAAACGGGUUUUGUAACUGUGGAUUUUUGGACACGUUUUUUCAUUUGGACCAGAAGCUUGUAGCCUCCACUGUAGGUCAGCUCAGUGUUUUCAUUUCAUUCUGCUUUUGACUUCCACAAUUAAAGGACUCAUGUUCUGAA